AUGCCCUACAGAACUCUGUGCGGCUUUCCCACGACGGAAGCACCCGUCUCGUUGCUGGUACCCAACAAACUGUGGCGUGCCGAUACCGUCAUUUGCGAUGUCGAUGGCACCGAAUGGUUUGUAUUGAUGGAGUGCGAGGAAUCCAUGCGAUCGUACGAAGCCAUCUUUGGAGACAUGUACGGACACAAGCUCUGUUGUGUCCGACGCAAAAUGAUGCGACAAGUCUGGAACGAUGGAUUCUACUUUUGUACCUACCGACCCAACUUUCCCAAUCAACCACCACUUUACGAGAGAGAUUGUAAUAACAAAAAAGUCUAUCCGUUCUCGUAUUUGGAAGUCAAUCAACAAAAGGGCAAAUUCGCGUAUCGCUUCUACGAAUACGAAGACGGCGAAAUGCGUUUGGAAGAUGGGGCGCCCAAACUCGUCGCCAACAAUGCCUGGUUGGGAUUCAUGACCAUUUGGUGCACGCCCAUGGUCCGGUGUGGAAAAUGGACCACCCAGUUUCGACGUCCUCAUGCCCGCGAAACCAAAAUUGAUAUCAAUCAGUGGAAGAAUACCGUCGAAAUUGAACCCGGUCAGGACGUACUCGCGGCACUCUGCAUGGCAUAUGUCUUUGAUCAGUGUCAACGUCAACCCUUUGUCACGCUCAUGGGGAAACAGGAUCCCGAGUACGAUGCUCCCGACGAUGGUAGUUUGGGAAGUGAUGACGAUGAAGAUUGGGAUGGAAAUCCACGACGAGAAAAGGAAUCGCUCGUCAGUGGUGGACCGGGAGAUCAUGACUCUCUUACCGAUAAUCCCGAAGAAUUUGGGGAUGAAGGAUCCGGUUUGGAACCACCGUCCACUGGUGAAGAUGGAUCGGAUGCGCCCAAGAAGAAAAAGAAGAAAAAGAAACGUGGUCCUUCCAAGUAUCCACCGGCGGAACCGGAUGAAGACGCCUUUGCGGAUUGUUUGGAGUAA